CCAAACGGGAAUGCAUGGAAAAAUUUAAUACCAUUCGCAGAACAACUUGCGCUUUCUCGCAAGAAGUGUUCGAGAAUAAUAUUGUUCAUUUUAUAUUAGAGAGUAUAUCACCAUUUAACAUUGUUGAGCUUCCAGCGUUCCGACAAAUGUUUGACAGCUUCAGAAUAAAGCAUGGAGACGAACCUCUGCGCCAUAUAACUCGCAAAAUUGUAAAAAAAAAUUAAUAUGAUUCACAAUGAACAUAUGGAAAUCAUAAAAAACGAACUAAAAAAUGUUAAAUAUGUUUGCACUACAGCGGAUGUGUGGACUGCACCCGAUCGUAGAAUUCUCGGUGUUACAGCUCAUUGGCUUUGUGAGAAAACCUUGAAGAGAAAAUCUGCUGCUCUAGCUUGUAAAAGAAUAGAAGGAACUCAUUCAGCUGAAAUCGUGGCUACUGAAUUAGAUAAAAUAAACGAAUUAUUUGAAUUAAAUUAUAAAAAAAUAGUUGCGACAGUUACUGACAAUGGAUCAAAUUUUGUCAAAGCUUUUAAAAUGUUUGGUAUAAGCAGCUGCACUAUUUUGAAAGAUGGUCCAUCAAACGUGGCAAAUAUAGAUGAAUUGGAAAAAACACAAAUGAAUGACCCUGAAGAAACUGAAAUGAGUGACGAUGAAAUUAAUGAGAUAGAUGAGGAUUAUGGUGACACUAAUUAUGAUAUUAAUGAUAAUUAUAAUGAUAAUGAUAAUAAUGCUAAUAAUGAUGAUAAUGGUGAUAAUGAUGAUAAUAAUGACAAUGGUGAUAAUUCUAUAGAUAACGAGGAAAUAAGUGAUGAAAUCAAUAUCAUUUUGCCUUGACAUCUGAGAUGUGCAAGUCACACAUUACAUCUUAUAGCUUCAAGUGAUGCGAUAAAAAUAAUAAAAGAGGAUUCUAGAUUAAAACGCUUGCACGAAGAGACGAUCCAAGAAUGCGAAAAGCUUUGGAAGAAAUUGAGAUCAUCUAAGAAGCGUGAAGCUC